AUGCUUUCUAAUGGGGUUCUGAUCAAUGAUGCAAAUAAGUGUUUAUAUUGUAAAUCUAUUGGUAACUCUUGUGUAAUUAUCUGCUUAUAUGUUGACGUUAUGCUUAUUAUGGGAACUAAUCUUGAGAUUGUUACAGAGACCAAAUCAUUUUUAGCAUCAAAUUUUGAUAUGAAGGACAUGGGUAUAGCUGAUGUGAUUCUUGGGAUCAAAAUUACAAGAGAUUCUGAUGGCAUUUGUCUAUCUCAAGAACAUUACGUUGAGAAGAUUUUGAGGAAAUUUGGAUACUAUGAUUAUGAGAUGAAAUCCACAGGUGGGUAUGUGUUUACAAUUGGUGGAGGUGCAGUGUCUUGGAAAUCUUCUAAACAAACAUGUAUAGCUUUAUCUACUAUGGAAUCAGAGUUCAUUGCCUUAGAAAAGGCGGGCACAGAGGCUGAGUGGCUUAGAAACCUCUUAGCAGAUAUCCCUUUAUGGAAAAGACCAGCUCCGUCAGAGCUGAACUUGGCUGAUCCUUUGACAAAAUCACUAUGUCGAAAACUAUGCACUCUUGAUGGAUUCACCUAUAUGAGUGUGGAAGUGGGGCCGCUUCCUAUGAGAGUCAAGAAGGUUAACAAAAUGAGGCUCGCUAAGUACAUUGAAGCAAUGAGUGGUUUGAAGGGAGCUAUCACCAUCCUCCAGCAUUGUGCAUACCUAGUUCAUCUUCUUGUCACGUUCAUAAACAACCUUUCUGAUGACCCUCUGCUGAAGACGCUUGGGCCUAACUUCAGAUCCUAUUUCUAUCGAGCUUUUCAUCAGUUCAAGAGGGUCUUUGCAGAAUUUAAAAGCUCUCACCAUGAGUUUUUGUUUAGGGCAAAGAUUCAUGAAGUUCCCAAAUUGCGUGAGGAAGGAUCUCCUAAAAUACCACUGCAAUGUGCACGUGUUAUAAGGAUGGUCCGAGAUGGCUAUUUUGGCUUUAAAGACUAUUUUCAAUCUCUAUGUAAUACUGUGGACGGUGGUAAAGACUUCUAUUUUCUUGGUUCUGAUUUUGAGAGCUAUUUAGAGGCUCAGGCUGUUGUUGAUAAAGCAUUUGCGGAUUCAAAUAAGUGGACUCAGAUGAGCAUCCUUAGCACAGCCGGAUCAGGGAUAUUUAGCAGCGACAGAACAAUCCAAGACUACGCGGAGAAGACUUGGGGAAUUGAACCGUGCAGAUUCCCUUCUGAUGGCUAG